GGAAGUGCUGCACGUGGGCUUCACUCUGUUGACUCUGCUGGCUUGUCGCCGGCUAUGGGUCGUUCCCGCCGGACAGGCGCUCACCGAGCGCACUCCUUAGCACGCCAGAUGAAGGCCAAGCGGCGGCGGCCCGAUCUGGACGAGAUACACCGCGAGCUGCGACCGCAGGGGCCCGGGCGCGCCAAGAUGCCCCCGGACGCCGAGCCAGACCCUGACCUUCCCGGGGACGGCCUGCAUCGCUGUCUGGCCUGCGCGCGGUACUUCAUCGAUUCUGCCAACCUGAAGGCCCAUUUCCGAUCCAAAGACCACAAGAAAAGGCUGAAGCAGCUGACCGUGGAACCCUACAGCCAGGAGGAGGCGGAGAGGGCAGCAGGGAUGGGCUCCUACGUGCCCCCCAAGAGGCUGGCGGUACCCGCAGAAGUGUCCACCGAAGUUCCGGAGAUGGACACGUGUACCUGACCCACUCUGCCAACGCAAGACAGAGGACCUGCUCAUGGACAAAUGACUCAAGGGCUGGGCGGUGGAGAGAGGGAGUGUCAGCCACUUCCGGUUCUGGUUUGGAAAGCUAGUGGUCUCUGGACAUGCUCCCCCAAAUAAAGGAGUUGGACAAUGA